CGUGCAUACACGCGGGCAAUGCUGGCUGUGAAAGCCGAGCAGAGCUACUCAGAGUGAUUCGUGAUGCAAGACUCCACUCAAGGGCUACUUGGCUUGUACCUCAUCACCAUCUACCAAUCCUUUCAUUCACGGUUCGCAGGCACAGCGCGGCUGCCCGCCAUAUCAACGACACCCGGAACGCCAAGAGUCUCACAGCGCGAGGUAGACCGGCGAAGAUAGCGUCUCUUCUCCGCGCGCGAGAGUAAGAUGCAACAGGUCUAACACCCGCGCACUUGGACGCCGCCCAUCCUUCGCUCGCACCGCGCUGCACGACCGAUCGACCGACCAUUCUUCCUUGUUCACCUAAUUCGUCGAGCGCUUCAUCCACAGCCAAUAUGAGACGGGCUCAAUCAACACAUGGCCCAGGUCAGGGGCAUGAACAUGGACAUGGAAACGGGCAUGGUGCAUCGCAUUCUCUCUCUUCUCAAGCUUCUCAGACCUCCAUCUCCUCCUCGCACGUAUCCACGCCCACCACAUCCACCUCGAUGAGCGGCUUCGGUGCAAAUCUCGACGAAUCAGACUCUUCCCAAGCUGUGGGCGAAAAGUCUUUCUGCUCCCCUGCGAUGAUCAACAUCCUCCUCGUACCUGCUCAUCCGCAUGUGCCCAAAGAGGAAUUUGAAAGAUGGAGCAAGGCAGUCAAAUACUUUGAGAAUGUCAGGUUGAGCGAUUUGCCUCCGAGCAAGAAUGGGGCUAGAAGAGUGGGCAGCAACACGCCCUUGGGCAAAAAGGGCGAGGUUCACAUUUCCUUCAUCACCUGGUAUGACUCAUCGCAUGAUUUCCUAUCUCCUUUUAGCGUGCAUCGGCAAGUCCUGGGCGUAUUGGGAUUGGGAACAUCAACUUCGGAUGGGAGACAUCGACAUGCGUUGGAAAGAGCUCCGACGAGAUUGAAGAGGGACCAUCCCUACGCUUUGAGUCAUCGCGUGUGGGCAUUCGAUAUUGGCGCUGUCAGGCCUCAAACGAUGGAUCUGAGCUCCCUCAUGGCUGCGGUCAACGAUCAGACUGAGGAGGAAGAGGAUGAGGACGAAGCUGGAUCUGGAAGUGUGCGAGGGUAUGAUCUCUCGGGAAACAGCGCAAAGACAUCUAGCCCUUCUACUUCUAGCCCUUCACGAUCUAAGCGCGCUUCAUCUGGAGGUUUUACGGGAAGAGACGUGCAGGAUUUAGUCGUCUUUCCAGCAGUGAGGGCCGAUUUGAAGGAUGUGAAAUUUUAUCUGCGCACCCUCUUGCCGGAGUUUAUAGCUCAGGUGGUGGACAACUUGCAAUUGGCGGUGGAUGCUUUGCAAGGCACGCCGCUCGAAACACCUCGAGAGACGCUGGUCAACGCUCUAGGAUCUUCGUCCGGCUCGAGAUCAGGAGACUCGGGCUACAGGGGCGAGGGAAAGGCGUCUGCUGGUCAAGAGAUAAUGCAUCGCGGUCCCGUGUCACCUACGGGCGAUAUGGGAACCGUCUCCAGUCCAUUGAGCAUACCCUUGCCCCAUCAGCAUGCGCCCACUUCCCCGGGCCCUCUGACCUCGCCAACCAGCGCCACUUCGCGCGCAUCGGCCUUCUUCAGCUCUUUUAGCUCCUCAUCCAAAUCUACUGGCACAGUCGACUCUUCGGCAGCGUCGCAAUCUUCAAGUCCCGGAUCCUCCAGCGUCGCAGGGGGCGCACUCGCCACUGCUGCUCUAUCCUCCGCCUCAUCCACAUCCGCCUCUUCGUCAGCCAUCUCGAACAAAGUUCGCAAGUCGAUCAAGAGACAAAGCGUGGGACUGACGGGUCCGCACGGCUUGGGACGAUUUUCCAAAGUCAAGGCCGAUGCUGCUCUGCUUUGUGGAGAUUUGUGGAGCGCUUUGAGCGGGUAUGAUACGGCUUUGGGAGCUAUCGGAAGAGAGAGAGCUUUGGCAGGAGGGGCGGAUGCGGUCUGGUACGCUGGAGCUCUGGAAGGUUGGGCGGUUGCCAGAGUGCUUGUUAGACGGAUGGGCGGAAGCGUGGAAGAAAAGGCUCCGGCCUCUUCGCUACCGGGAGGUAGCUCAACCAGCACAGUCAAAGAAAAGGACAAGAAGGGAUCGGAAAAGGAAAGGGAUGGAACAAACGAGAAACCGUUUGCGGGUACGCCGUGGGCCGAUAUCGCCGAAGCGUAUGCUCUAGCCAUCCAGAUCUACUCCAAGUGUCUAGCUCCUCUUUCUUACCUCUUGGAGCCUGCCAAAUUCGUGACGGCUGAUUCGCCGCGAGACUAUACGCAUCCGCUGAUCCACGCCAGCGCAUGCUUGGCGUAUUCUCGCUUCUUGCUGGCAAUUUGGGCCAGCGGUGGAUAUAAUGGCGAAGCGUUCGACCAAAUGAUUUAUGGAGGAAUACCGCCCGUACUGGCAGAGACUACGCGUCCAACCACCGCGACCUACAUUCAACACUCGACGGCUUGCAACAUUCAAAGGUACGAGAUUGCAGCGCCAGCUUCGCAAGCUUUGACGCACAGCUUUGCGGCGCUCAAACCUGCCGAUCAGAUCUUCAUUUUGAGCUCGUCGGCUAGCGUGUUUGGAUGCAUUGGGUUCGCUAGGAGAGAGACGUACUUGCUCAGACAGAUGCAGGUGGUCCUGCUCGGCAUGUUUGCCAGAACCAUCACGGACAGAUCUGCAGCACAGCAAGAUAGGUCCUUUGCAGAUAGACCCUUUGUCAGUUCCUAUUCGGACGACGUAGUGCGCACGCUAGAGAUUGCCCGCAAGGUGUGCGACGAAGCUUAUGCAAUCCAGCCGGAGAAGGGAGCUGCUUGGAACGUGCUGGCUCUUGCUCAGGGGGUACUGGAUGUGCACGGCAUCAGCACCGACGUACCAACCACCAAACACAUCUCUAGGGAACACUUUCUGUCCAGAUAUUUGAGAUUCGACGAGCUAGUCUCAGAUUUGAGGGAGGACGAUGGAGGAUCAGAGGAGGAGGAGGAGGCAGAAGGACCGGAAGGAGCAGCAAAGAGGGAAUACUUGCGACAUGCAGCUGGCGUCAGGGCUUCUUGGGGUGCUCAAGCGAGCUUGGAAGGACUUGGAUCGAGCCGCGCGGAAAGCAUCUCUGGCGUUUCGUUAUUACAAGACGAGGCGCCGUUCGGCUGGGCCGAGCAGCAGAUGGCUCUGUUGCGCGACACGAUAGGCAUUUGCGAGAUGCUAGGCGAUGAAACGUCGGCUGUGUUCUUUGCUUCUUUGCUGCUCAGGGAUUUCCAUUGGUUAUUGGCACCGUCCGAACAAGCUCAUUUGAUUGCGGCCAUCCACAAAGCGACGCAAGAUGCGAGGCUGGAAAGAGGCAGCAGGACACUCAAGGUCAAGUACUGGGGCCCACCUGAACCGGUCGUCGAUAUUGAGGCUAUUCCUAUCGAUCCCGAACGAAAGACGUUCACGAGACCUGCACACGAGAUUAGGAACGGCUCUGGCGAGAAUGCGCCAGACUUAUUGCAGCUCAAUGCGCCGGCCGGACUCGACAAUCCCUUUUUCUGGAAUCACGGAUCCAGCGGAAUGUCAGGCAAUCCGGCAAACACGGAGUCUGUAAACGCUGCAGGGACAAAGAUGGCGGCGGUGUGCGACGAACCUUGCGGGUUCGUGGUCACCUUGCAAAAUACCUUUUCCGUCGGCUUGGAAAUAGAUUGUAUCAAGCUGGAGACUAGCGGUGCAGAUUUUGUGCCGGACGAAUUGAGAGGGAUCGUCAUGCCGCCCUUGUCCACGCAUCAGAUUCUCCUCACGGGCACACCGACCAAAGUGGGCACGACUCGCGCCAGGGGAUGCAGUAUUGCGCUAUCGGGAUGCGCGCCUCGUAGCUUCAGGGUACUCAACAAAGACGCAAAGGACAAGGUGCAGAUUGCUCAGAGUAACGAAUUGGACGAUAGGCGCUUGAAGAUCAAGGCUACGGGACUAGAUGCUAGACCCCUCGUUCUUGCUCAGGCUAGAAUGGCUGCUGCUUUACAACGCAACGAAAGUUCAACUAGUGCUGAUGUGACCAACAAGAAAAUCGUCUCGACCCCCAGCAGCAAGAUUGUUUCUUGUCAAGUGGUCGACCCCCAACCUCUGCUCGUCCUUCAAAGCGCCUCCACGCCCCACGGCUCCCUCGUCCUCCUAGAUGGCGAAAUAACCACGAUCAGGUUGCAGGUGUUGAAUGCGGGAACUUUACCGGUGGAUUGGAUUCGUCUGUCUUUUAUGGACAAUCUGAGCGAAAAGAUGAAGAAGGAGCUCAACGAAGGAGAACUGAACUCUUCGCAGGCUUUUUUGGCCGAGGAUAAGUUGCUGCGCUCACCCGUGCUCAGCUAUUCGCUCUCACCUAGGCACGCAAAGCACCAGGUCUCACCCGGCGAGACGCGCGAGUUGCAGGUGGACGUGAGAGCGCGCGUAGGCUGUACGCAUCUGAGCAUCUUUGCGGAUUAUGCCUACGUCGACGGACCUGGAAGAGGUGGAUUACAAACGGACGAAGCGCGCGAUUGGUAUCAUCGAAGACUGAGCGUACCGCUAGCCAUCACUGUCCUACCCGUUGUUGAGCUGGGCAAGCUGGAGGUGAAGACGCUCAGACCUUACGAAGCGGUCAGGACUUUGGCGGAUGGACUCAAGGCGCUGGAAAGGGCGGGAGGCGGUUUGCCUGACGGCUUGGCUGAUGCCAAGUUGUUUGAGAGAUUGCUCCAAGGCAGACCGGACAAGGAAUGCCUCGUCUCUUUUCCUAUUGUCAAUGCGCACCGCAAUAAUGUGGAAGUUGUCGUUUCCCUCAAAGAUGAAGCCUAUCACUCCAAGCUUCGAGUCCGACGAUCCCUUCCUCAAAAUGCGCGAGCUCAGAUCGUCUUUCCCUUUCCAAGGCUGGACAUUUCGACAGAAGAGCUGGACAGACCCAUCCCUUCUCUAUCCUCGCGCCAAUUCGUCGUGCCCAAAUCCAAAUCAUCGCCGUCCGAGCAGGCCGUCGCGCGAGCUAGAUUUUGGCUUGCGCAAGAUAUUGUGGCAAAGCUUUCUGGUUGGAGGGAACGCGCGUCUGCCGUCCUAUCUGAUGGCAUCGGGGGAGCGAAUCAACACGCGUCUCUUGAAGGAGCGUCCACGAAUGCUAGAAGUUCGAGUGCGAGAUGGAUCGACAGGAGUACUGGAAGAAAAGGCUACAUCGAUCUCUCAUCGUUGAUGGUCGCUGAUGAUCACCUUCAAUGUCUGCGCCAGGACCCUCUCUCGCUUUCACUGCAUAUCUCGGCAUUCGCAGGUGGAGACGCUGUGCAGGAAAAUGGACUGGUCGGUUCUGAGGAGGCGAAUGGACGAUUGUCAUCCGAGAAAGAUGCAAAUGAGGGCGUUCAGCGUACUAAUGGUACGCUCAACAACGGUGUGCGAUCCGCAUCCAAGGUGCGCACAGAGUUGAGCGAGCGGACGCUGCGCACUACAGCAGAGACGUACAUCGACAUUGUCGGCACAAUGCGUAACGAGAGCGCGCGCAAAUUGCGCUUGACGUAUCGUUUGAUUCCUAUUGCAGCAUCAUCCUCAUCAUUUUUGAGCAGCUCUUCCGAUUCUGCUUCCGCUUUCUCCGCGCAACAACAACAGCAACCACAGCAGCAACAGCAACAACAGUCCAACGAUCCGCUCCUGGCCAACAUCCUCGUGACUUCUGGCAAUUUGACCGGCAACAUCUCGCCUUGGCCCGUACUGCCCGAUCAAAAAGGUCACUUCAGUGCUGGCCUCACCUUCCUCGCAAAGGGUCAAUACAACUUUAUCGCCGUCAUCGAGGAAUGUCCCACUUUCCAAAGCAGAGGCUUCUCAUCCGACUCGCGCCAACAUUUCUACGGCGCCGGCGUCGAAGCGAAGGAUUCGCAUUCGGCCGACGCUGCUGCUGCUGCUGCUGCUGCUGCUGCGAGACAAGCGCUAGAGAUGAGAGCUCGCGUUCAGGUACCUUUUAAGGUCAUCGUUGACGAGAGACCCGAAGGUUGAGGGCAUGUGGUGCUUUGGUAUUUGUACGCAAUCUGACCCGUCACCUUUGCCCUUAUUUCAAAAAAAAAAAAA